CAUUUCAUUCAACAUCGUCAUCAAAUCGUGCCGUCUGUCAAGCAUGGGGACAGCCCAAACGCGUAUGCGCAUGGGGCAGAGUCGCGCGCGCGACUGACGCCCGCGUUAUCGUUCAACGAUCAUCGGUCCCGUUAGAGCGAGAGGGUUGGCGCGAGCGAGACGCGCGGCCGAGCCAUCCGGAAGCCUCGCUGAAACUGGACCGUUUUCUUUUCUUGUUAUUAUUGAGAUCGGCUCUCAAGUUCUGUUGUUGUCGCACCGCGCGCGGCUGAUAACGCGAUGCCACGCCGGACUGCGCGCGCGCGUACCACCGCAGCUUAAAGCUCGCACUGCGAACUAUGGAAUGGAUAUUUUCUUAGUGCUGUGAAGCGACUCGUACUAUACGACUUUUUUGCUUUGAGUGUUUUUAACAAUUGAUCGGAUUCAUUAAGAAAAUACAGUGUUCUAUAAAAGAAAGUGAAUAUUAUAUUAAGUGUUUUUUUUUUAUUAUUUGUAAAUAAGAAAGAAGGAUUAUUAGCUCGUUAAACUUUUAAAUUUUCCGAGUGCGGCUUCCGACACUGAGACGCACACGUGCGAUAAGCUGUUGUAUUUGUUUUUCGGACGAUCACUCAAGAGUACAAACACCGCCGCCAAGCUGUCUACCGCCAAUGAGAUCAUUCCCAGUUACCACGUCCAAGCGCUAAUAGGUCGGUGGCGCACGAGCCCGAUGAGCGCGUGCGCGGCGGCCGCCAUGCGCGAAAAGCACGCGGCGCCGCGCCGCCUCGCCUCCCCGCCGGCCUCCCCGCGCGACCACCGCGACCACAGCCCGCUCGGUUCCCCACGCAUCGACGAGCCCCUCGACCUGCGAGUCACCCACAAACGCCCGUCUAGGUUAGAAGAUGAGAACUGCAACCUGAUCGCGCCUUCGCCGCCGCCGCAUCCCACGCAUCCCGCUCACCCUGCACACCCGGCGCUUCUUCAGUUUUGCCGAAGACUACCACUAGCGUUACCUGCCUCGUUCGGCCGGUACCCGUUCCUCCCGGCCGCUGCUGCGACGCUUCUCGCCCCAGGCGCGCCUAGGGCCCCACCCAUACCUCCUAACCCGGGCGCCCCGCGAGCCCGCGACCGCUAUACCUGCUCAUAUUGCGGGAAGGCGUUCCCCCGUAGUGCAAACUUGACGAGACACUUACGGACGCAUACUGGUGAACAACCAUACCGCUGUAAAUACUGCGAGAGAUCCUUUUCGAUAUCAUCGAACCUCCAACGGCACGUGAGGAAUAUCCAUAAUAAAGAAAGGCCGUUCCGAUGUCGUCACUGCGACCGUUGUUUCGGGCAGCAGACGAAUCUCGACAGGCAUCUGAAAAAACAUGAGGCGGAGAACGGAGACGACGGCCGUCGACGGUCGCCGGAUGAGACGUAUUUCGAAGAGAUCAGGUCGUUUAUGGGUCGAGUGGCGCCCGCGGCACGCCGCGCCGCCGCCGCCGCCGCCACAGCCGCCGACCACACUUGAUAGUGACCUGACAACACAUUCGCCCUAACAAUAAUCUGGUCGAUACAUCCAAAUGACUCUUGUGUAUGUUUACGUGACAUUAAAAAUAUAAUUAUGUGAGCUUAAUGCGCGAAGUAGAGCUUCCGUGUUACGUUCGACGCGCAGAGUCAAAGUAUUUUUCAUGGAAAACACGCUAAAGCUAAAGUCCAAUAUAAGAUAUUGGUGCUGCAAAAAAACAGAUUGUUGUGAUUAUAAUUAUUGUUAUGGUCAUUAAUUAUGUUUAAAACUGAUACUCGCAAAAAUAUAUCCAAAUAGGUAAAGUAGAUGCAAUUGUUACCGUAAAAGUUUUCAUGUCAUGGUUCGCGCGACGGAAUGGAAUUUAUCUUUUCUGAGCCAUUUGUUGGCUACUAAUGUUAAAUAAUUGUAUAAAUAAAGUGAUAAUGCAUCUCAUGUAUGUACUUAAACUUGUAAAUAUAUUAAUACUUUUGAAGGAGUGUACAAUACCGAAUUCACUACCGAUAGUAUACAAUUAGUACUUAUGAAUAUAUUCCUUGUCCUAAAGACAAAAUAGAUUAAAAGUAAGAGUCCAGAGUGUUCGAAUAGAAUUAAAAUAUAUUUGAUAAUUAGAAGUACAUUAUGAGUGUAAGUAAUUUGUAUUAUUUCUUAUGUAAAUUCCGCUUUAUUCGAUGUAAUGUAAUUAGUAUUAUUAGUCUGAAAGGAAACGCCGGUUACCAAUAAAAAUAUAUCUUGUUGCUUUAUUGAAGAUAUUAUAAAUAUUUUUUAUCAGUUGUUAGAGAAGUUGUCUAACUACUCGAAAUUUUUAUAUACCUUUACUUCGUGUUGCGUAAAUUAUUUUCUUUUUCGUUUUUUUUUGUAUCGACAUAGAUCCAUCGUGUUUGAUACAUUUUGUUAAGUUUCAGAAUAUUACGCAAAUUAGAAAUAUUUUAUCAAUUAUGUUUUGAGAUUUUUUAAUUAGAAAUUUAAUCGGGUAAGAGAUUAUGCGAUCUAAAAUGAUUUAAUCAUGUACUCCAAAUUACUAAAUUUAAGAUAAUUUUAAAACUGUGAUUUAAUUAAUUUAUUACUGAAAUGCAAAUUGGUCACAUAAAUGCGAAUGGAAAGUCUCUCUAAGAACUAUAAUUGUCUAAACGUUCCUUUUAAGUAUAGAUAGAUCUCCAUUAUUGUUACGAGUAAUGAAUUUUACUGUGCUUUUCAUUUCAAUGGUUGAAACUUUAUAAUAUGCAAUAAUACUUAAUUAAAUUAGAACGAAAUAAUUGUUUCCCUCUAAGUACAGCGAUUAAUAUGUAUGACUGAUUUCAUUGGUUAUUUAUUCUGAAUGUACAAGAUUUAUAAUAAGAGCAGAGAAAUUUUAUUACAAAACAUUAAGAUUGCCAUGCUUUACAGUUAUAUGUCGUCUUUUAACCUAUAUGUCGUAACUACCAAUGCUACUAAUAGGUACCUAUUUUUUGAAUACAAUAAUGAUCAAUGUAACUAUAUUUGUUUGUCAGAAUCGUUAAACACUUCAUAUUGACAACAAUUAAUUCAUUAAACAUAGUUAUGGAAAUAUUUUAUGUUUAUACUUAUUUUAUUUGUGAUGUUCUUGUGAAACUUGUACUUAAUAAAAACAGAAUUGAAAUUGGUAUCUUGCCAAUUUAAUACAUCCAAUUUAAUGAGUGAUAAUUUUAUCUGAAAUUUGAAUUAACAUUAAACUACGAUGUUUUCGUAAGAAUGUAAAAACUGGACGUUGUUUUUUGUCCAUUCACAAUCCAUUCAUUACUUAUAAAGGUAUAAUCUUUAAGCCCAAAAGUUAAGACAAAUGAAAAAGGUUAUAGUCAUUGUCUUCACUCGUACCAAAUCGCAACGAGAUGCUAUUUAACUUAACGUAGAAUCUAUAGGAAAUAGAGAUUAUUACCUUUAUCGUUUUGUACUUUUGAUACUUAUUAGUCGUUCAAAGGUCACCGAUUACCUUGUC